AUGGAGGCUCUUCCCGCCUCGUGCCGGAAGAUUGUGGCGGUAAGAAUUUCUUCAAACUUCAGAAGCGCCGUAGAAAUUAGGAAUUCCCCACUGCCCUCCGUUUUAAAACCGACCGAAAUAUUUGUUAAAAACCGGUUCGUCGGAAUAAACGCCAGCGAUGUUAAUUUCACAGCUGGUCGAUACAAACCGGACGUGGAACCACCUUUCGAGUGCGGUUUCGAAGCGCUUGGAGAGGUCGUGGCGUCCGGAGAAAAGGUAAAAGGGUUUUUUGUGGGAGACAUCGUCGUGACGCAGGCGUUCGGGGCUUUUGCGGAGUAUCAGGUUGUUCCUUCAAGACAGGCGAAAAAAGUUCCUUCAAAAAAGAAAGAGUGGCUUCCACUUGAUCUUAGCGGUACAACGGCAUCGAUUUCUUUGGGAGAGGUUGUGAAACCCUUGUCUGGAGAAGUGGCGAUUGUAACUGCGGCCAGUGGUGGGACGGGUCAGUUUGCCGUACAACUCCUUAAAAAUGUUUACAAUUGUCAUGUCAUUGGUGUGACAUCAUCCUCUUAUAAAGCAAAUUUUUUGAAAGGAUUGGGCUGUGAUCACGUCAUUGUUGAAGAGAGAGAAACCAUUGAUGAGGGAAUAAAGCGAAUAGCUCCAACCGGGGUAAAUUUUGCAUAUGAAUCAGUUGGCGGAGAGACUUUUCAAGUUAUCGUUCAAAACAUUUCCCUUCGCGGACGUAUACUUUCGAUUGGGGGUAUAUCCGGAUAUAGCGAUGGAAGUACCUGGAUGAGGCGGUCUUCCAUGUAUACACCCUUACAAACAGCACUUCUAUCUAAAAGUGCGACGUUGCAUACCUUCUUCUUACCACAUUACAGCAAGUAUGCUGCUAGACACUUUGCAACGCUUUGUGAUUAUUAUAAAUCCGGAAUUAUUAAAAGUUGUGUCGACUCUUUUGAAUUUAAAGGAUUGGAGUCAGUUCCGGAUGCAAUAGACUAUAUGUAUAGUCGAAAAAAUCAGGGAAAAAUUGUUGUUGAACUAUAA